GGAAUGCAGAUGGAUCUGACUGGGAGUUCUUGGUCCCUCAUUCAGGAAGAUGCUAUCUCGAGGUCCCAGGAAUGUUGGUGGGUAGAGCUCCAUUUUCUAAAAGCCCAACAAUCGACGGGAGGGCAGAAGGGUAAAACCUCUAUGAAGAUCAGGAGGAAGCAAGAAAGUUGAAAAAGUUGUAAAACUCUAGCUAAGAAAGGAGACUUGAAGAGGACUUGGUGAGGGGGGAGAGGCAAGACCAGCAAUUCCAGCCCUAGAGUCAUCAAAGGGCAUUAAGUGGCUGGCAGCAUCGGGAAGAGCUUAGCAGGCAUAAUUCAGACAAAUUCAUAACGCAGCGGUAAGAUUAAUGUUACCACAUGAAAAUAAAAACUGUCUGGACUAGGGCACAUCCUGCAAUGCUUGCUGGACCCACUUUCUGAGCCAUAGAGUUUUCUUGGAGUUUGGAGAAGAGAUAUUUUCUUGGAAUUCUAACUUCUUGAGAUUGCAAACCAACUCAAAACUCUUUGCUUUACUCCGCAGAGCCGCAGAUAUGCAGACAGGCCUCCGUUCCAUUUGCAAAGCCCUCAAAACACGAAACCAUCUCCAAAUUUUCUGGCUUCUGUUCCUUACAGUGUUCCCUCUCUAGUUGGCUAUUCUCAAUCUGUGUGCGCUGAACUGCUUUUGCCCUGUGAAUCUGGUUAUUCGGAUUUGAGUCAGCAAAACGACAAAAUCAGAAGAUGCAAUGUGGGUUGAGAUAAAUUGUUCUGAGGAUACAAUCAAAAGCGUGUGAGGAGAAAGAGAUGAAACAGACGUAUUUCUUUCUGAGCAAUCCCAAAGGGUGUGGAAUCAGCUUGCUGGGCUGCUCCGAUAUGGGAUGAAGGGAGAGAGCCUCUGGGUUUUCAGGGAUCAGCUCUUUUCUUAAUGACUUCCUUGGCGUGCGCCCUCCGGGGAUGCAACAGAUUUGGUCAGGUCUCAUGGGUUAUAUAAACCGGGUGCCAGCAAGCUGGAGAAUCUCAAGUAUGCAAGCCGAGGCAAUGCUAAAGAAAGAGAAAGACGUGCACAAGCAACGAGCAAGAGAUGAGGAGAAGGCACCUGAAAAGACGCCAAGCAAAGAGGGAGAAGUAUGUUGCUAUCCAGGCCCUGGAUACCCAACGCCCUUGGAUGCCAUGAAAGGACCGCGAGAGACGCUGAUGUACGUGACUUGCAUCUUAACUGACACAGGGACCCAGAUGCCAGAUUAUCUCGCCACGUUGGAUGUUAAUCCUCGAUCUCCCUAUUUUUGCCAAGUUAUUCACCGGCUGCAAAUGCCUUGCAUUAAUGACGAGCUUCACGGCAUGGGCUGGGACACUGGAAGCAGCUGCUUCGGAGACCCCACCAAGAAACGUAAUCGGCUGGUCCUUCCGGGUUUCAACUCUUCGCGGAUUUAUAUUGUGGACACUGAGACUGACCCCAAAGCUCCCUGCCUGUUUAAGGUGAUUGAGCCCAGAGAGGUCUUCUGUAAAGCCAACGUGGCUACAUUACGCACCGUACACUUUAUGCCCCCCGGAGAUGUCUUGAUCGGCUCCCUCGCGGACCUAUAUGGCAAUGGGAAAGGAGCAUUUGUUGUUCUGGAUGCGGAAACGUGGGACGUGAAAGGCACCUGGAACGCCCCCGGGGAUGCGGCUGCAAAAGGAUACGACUUCUGGUUCCAACCCAGGCAUAAUGUCCUGGUCAGCAGUGAAGCAGGAGACCCCAAAUUCUUUCUGAAUGGGUUCAACCCUGAAGAUCUGAAUAAAGGCCGCUAUGGACGCUGCCUGAAUGUGUGGGACCUGACCACCCACUGCCUUGUCCAGUCUCUUGACCUGGGGGAGGAUUCUGGCCCCCUGCAUGUCCGUUUCCUGCACAACCCAGAUUCCCCACAUGGCUUUGUGGGCUGCGCCCUUGAAGGCGCUUUGCACCACAUUUUCAGAAAGCAGGAUGGAUCGUGGGCCACGGAGAAGGUAAUCCAGAUUCCAAAGAAGGUGGUCACUGGCUGGUACCAACCUGAAAUGACAUCGUUCCUCACAGCCACUGUCAUUUCGCUGGAUGACCGUUUCCUGUACCUGAGCAACUGGUUCCACGGCGACAUUCGACAGUACGACAUCAGCGACCCCCACUGCCCUCGGUUGACAGGCCAGGUGUUUGUAGGAGGCAGCAUCCAGAAAGGCGGAGCAGUGACCGUGAUUCACGAUGAUGAGCUCGAAUGCCAACCAGAUCCGUUCAUGCUCCAGGGGAGGAGAGUCCACGGGGGACCCCAAAUGCUGCAGCUCAGCUUGGAUGGAAAGAGGCUUUAUGUCACCAACAGUCUCUGCACACCGUGGGACAAGCAGUUUUACCCACAAAUGGUCAGGGACGGGUCAGUCAUGCUCCAGAUUGAUGUGGACACCGAGAGAGGGGGUCUUUGUGUGAACCCAGACUUCCUGGUGGAUUUCGGGAAGGAUCCGUGGGGUCCUGCUCGUGCAAACGAAAUGCGUUACCCGGGAGGAGACUGUACCUCGGACAUCUGGAACUGAGGCACUCCUCCGAGUUUGCUAAGCUAGCAUUCAGGGGGCAGGAAGUGGGCUGUGGAGCAAGUCAAAACCAGAAUAUUGGCUUGUAGAGUAGCAAGAUAUCCACAUCUGAAGACGAUGCAAACAAAGAAAUUAAAUAUAUUAUAAUAAAUUAUUUUCUUGGCAAUGCAGAUUCUUGAGGACAAUCUUAUUUCAAAUGAAAUUACCAGUUGACCAAGUCUCUGUCUCUCUCAGGCAAUUUAUUUUGACCAACUCCUUUUUCCCAGGGCUGACGGAAGGGCUGACUCAACGUUGUUCACCUUGGCUUUCAUGCCUAAAACGGGAUUAAAAUCCAGGGUCUCCCAGGGUCUAAUCCAGCAUCAAACUGGCUCUCCAUCCAUAAGUUAGGCCACACACUAAUUAAUGUUAGUCUCAGAUUCACCAUCACCAUGAUUAAGGCAGAGUAGUUGAUUAAAUCAAUCAAAGAGCAGCCAAAAUCUUUUUUUCCUGUUUCCCCCAAAAUGAGUGAUUGUUCAUUCUACAGAUUUCGGGAGCAACCAAUUUCCUGAUAGGGUUAAAUGCUUGACACUUCCUCUGAACUGAGCCCAAACUUGCUCGGUGGGUGGGUGGGGGUUUGACCCUGAACACCAGACCGAAUCCUACUUUCCUGGGGACCAAUGCAGAGUCUAACCUAUCAAAAGGAGGAGAGGAAUAAAAAAAAAUAAUAAAACUCCAAAAAUAUACAACAACUGAAAGAUGGGAGGGAAGGGGGUGAUUCUAAAACUGAAUCCACGGAAAAUUCUGCAAAGGAGAGAAACACACCAAAUUUAAGUUUGGGCAGUGAAAAUUUUGCUCCUUCUGGUUCCUUGGCUGCCAAAUCUCCUCUCUGGGUGGAGUGCAAAUCUUCUCACCCUGGGAAGCAAUUAAAAGCCUAUGGAAUCCUCAUUCUUUGAUUGUGACUAGCCGCAAUACACAACAGCCCUGGAUGAUGGGAGGUGGAGUACCAACCCAGGCAGAGAAGAAAACAGCUCCUUGGCUUCGAACCGUGGAGAUGCCACUUGCACACGUACACCCCUUCUGCAAAAGGAGAUGAUCCACCCCGGAGGAAG